GGCCAUUUGACACCAGACCACGGCAAGCAAGCCGCGAGCAUUGCUGUACACAAAAGUAGGCGUUGUUCCGAUCUCACCUGUCAAUUUCAGGUUCUCCUUAGAAUAAAGGACACCAUGCCCACUGCAGAUGAUGACCUUGUCGCGGGGGAACCCCCAUCCUCGAUCAACCCGUAUGAAGUCUUGGGAGUGGAAGAAAAAGCAACCGCAGACCAGAUCAAAUCUGCCUACAGAAAGCAAGCCCUGAGACACCAUCCAGACAAGGCUUCUCCCGAAUCCAAAGAUGAGGCCAAUAAGAAGUUCCAGGAAAUUGCUUUUGCAUACGCUAUCCUUUCCGAUGAGCGACGGCGAAGACGUUAUGACACGACCGGCAACACGUCCGAAUCCCUGGACCUAGAAGAUGAUGACUUCGAUUGGGUGGAUUUCUACCGCGAACAGUUCUCUAGCAUGGUUGACGGGAAGGCUAUCGAGAAGAUAAAAGCCGAAUACCAGGGUUCCGAAGAGGAGGAGAGAGAUCUACUCGAGGCUUAUGAAACUUACGAGGGAGAUUUAGAUAAAGUGUAUGAGGAGGUCAUGCUGAGUAAUGUAUUGGAUGACGAUGAGCGAUUUCGGAAGAUUAUCAAGAAGGCGAUUCGGAAGGGAGAGGUUACUGAUUGGCCGGCAUUCUCGAAAGAAAGCGCGAAAAAGAGAUCUCAGAGAGUCAAAGCGGCGGAGAAGGAAGCCAGGGAAGCCAUGGAAAUUGCGAAGGAAUUAGGCGUUGAGGACAAGCUCUUCGGGAAGAAAAAGGGCAAGGGUGAUGAUGACGAAAACUCAUUGAUGGCAUUGAUCCAACAGCGCCAAAGAAGCAGAGCAUCAAACUUUCUGGCAGAUCUUGAGGCAAAAUACGUGGCUCCAUCGAAAAGUGGGAAGGGUAAGAAGAGAAGGACGGAGGAAGCUGAACCGCCGGAAGAAGCGUUUCAAAGGAACAGACCUCGGACGACGAAAAAGCAAAAGGCAUAUUAGUUCCGAUGUCGUCAGUCGACAGGCUGCUUUUCGCCGGAGUUUGGUGUGCGUGUCACAAUACCCCAAGUCUAAUCAUGUUGCCUCUUGUUUUUUCUUUCCUCCCUUCUUUCUUUUUUCCUUUUUUCUUUUUUUCUCUUUUUUUUUUUUUCUUUUUCUUUUUCUUUUUACUUUCUGUCUAUCCCACGGUUUGAUAUGAAUGGCGUAUUGAUCGGAAUGCACAGGGUGAGAUGCAGGAAACUCGCAUAUGUAUCCAGGUUGGUUGGGCUGGAGUCUAUGGGGAAUUAUUAGCUACAAUUGACGAGAAGCUCAAUGUACCAGAAACAUUCGUAGUUUAUU